AUGUUGGGUUUGGAUUAAAAUGUAUUGCUAUUUUUUAUUAUGAAAGUGAUAAGAACAUAAUUAAUGAGCAUUUCCUUGUAUUUUAUUUUAUUUCAAUAAAGUAGUAAAUGUUUUUUAUCAAAAAAGCUUGAUUGUAAUAUAAUUAUUGAUAUGAUUGUAUGAUGAAAAAAAAAAUGGAAUAAUUACCAUGCAAUUAUCUUGAGACUAAUAAUCACUUCUUUAAUUGACAUAAUAAUUUCUCUAUUUCAAUGAUGAUGAGUAACUUUUGAUAUAAAAGGAAAAAAUAAUAUUAAAAAAUUCUUUUGAUGAUUGUAGGCAAUCUUGCUCUUAUAUAAUAAUUAAGGAGGUAAAAAUAAUGUAAAUAUUAUAUUUUAAACAAACAAAAAACACACAAUUGAAUAUCAAAUUUAUUCUGAUAUUGGAACACUUAACCUUUUGAGAAUGAGUGGAGAUCGAGUUAAUUAGAGGGAGCAUCUAUGACUUAAAGAGGAAGAAAAACUAUCUUAUGUCUCAGUAUCAGAAUCUAUUGAGCGUAAAGAGAAUAUCUGUUUUUUCUUUGAGUCUUCAUAAAUUAGUUAUUUUAACUGUGGAUCAGUGAAUUAUUCCAACUUCAAUUCAUCACAGAGAUAUUUAAGAAUCCCUGAUUCAUAUUAAUUCAAAGCUUCUACAUGAAGUUCAUUUUCCCUCGG